AGCACCCCUGUAAUAAACUUCGCGAUGAUGGCUGAUUCGAUGGAGCGCAACGCUUCUAAGGGACGGAGGGCCUUAUUUAUGCCGCUACGCGAGAAGAUAAUAAAUAUCAAGAGGGUGCUGAGUCAAAUGGCGGUGGCCGCCUGUUCAUGGGAGCAAGGCAUCGAUCUCCCCCCGGAACUUUAUCCACGUACGAGGUCCUGUACAGUGGUACUAAUCGGUUGAUCGCCUCACAGGACACGAUCUCCACAGAGCUGUGCUCGAGGAAGCUGGGAUACAUUUCGGUCAGACCUGCGUUAUCCUCGGCCUUUCCCUCGGAAACUGGUCGAUGGUCUUCUCCCCUCAAGGCUGGCGCCCAGGCGCGCCUGCGCGCAUUGAUAGCGCGCUAUCAGCGCGCUGACGGCGCCUUUACGAGAUAUAUGAGUUGGAGGGGUCGAGUUGAGGAGUUCCCCGAACAAUGGCUUGGUAGGGUUGGGGGGAGAGAGGAAAAGAAGAGAAAGAGGUCUUUACGGCGUAGUACGACGUAUGGUGUCUGGGCUUAUUUCAAUGAACAACAAUAUUAUAGUACGUAGUCUACGGAGUAAUUAUGGAAUAAACAGCCCGACUCCACAACCUUGUUCUGGUCGGACCCCAAUCAGAGAACAGCCCUCAAUCCUUGUCUUUCCGCACCGUCAAUAGCUGGACUCAUACUGACU